AUGAUAGAUUCGCAUGUAGAUUGUAGAAGGGUUAAUCAGGUGUUGGAAACUGAUUUGAAAACUCAAGUACUACUCUUUUUCUUUUCCUGGUAUAAGAAUGAUCCUUGGCUUGCCCAUUGGUUUUUUGGUGGGUUUGUGGGGACAGGUGCAAAUCUAAAGAAGCACCGUCACCACCCACCCUGUAAUGCAAGGAAAGCCCUUCGUGCGUUGAAAGGUUUGGUGAAGCUACAGGCAAUAGUGAGAGGUCACAUUGAGAGGAAGCGCACAUCAGAAUGGUUGCAAAGAGUUCAAGCCCUCUUACGUGUUCAGGCCCAAUUCCGUGCUGCCCGGGCCCAAGUUUCUCACUCCCCUUAUUCCAAUGCAAAGCCAUCCACUGUCUACCUCCAUGGUCCAGCCACACCAGACAAAUUUGAUAACCCGUUCAGAUCCGAGAGCAUGAAAUACGAUCGCUCAUCAUCCUUAGUCAAGAGAAACAACUCCAGAUCCCGCAUGCAUAUCAAUGCCACUCAAGAGAAACAUGGGAAUAGACCAGAUGGUCGCAUUGAUGAACAAUCAUGGCAUCAACCAAGAUCAUGGUCAAGAGCCUGUAGCAUGGACGAAGAAAGAUGUCUCAGGAUUCUAGAAAAUGAUUCUGUAAAAUCACACGUUACAUCAAAGCGGAGAAACCUCUUUUACUCCCCUACCCACGCUUUGGUUUGUGAAGUUCAGUCGUACAGUCCUCUGAAAGCGAACGAGGUUGAGGAGAACUCGUUUUGUGGUGCUGACAGUAGUCCUCAAACUUUAUCUGCCUCUUCUAAAAAUGGUGGCUCCAAAAGAAGCCCUUUUACUCCUACCAAGAGUGAUGGCUCAAAAAGCCAUGCAAGUGGUUGUUCUGAACCUGACUAUCCAAGUUACAUGGCAUACACUGAAUCCUCAAUGGCAAAGGUAAGAUCUGUGAGUGCUCCAAAGCAGAGGCCUCGUUAUGAGAGGUCUUGUUCUUCUUCCAACAGGUACUCACUUCAUGAUCAAGGAUUUGGUGACUCAAAAUUGGACAUGCAAAGGUUAGCUGCUUUACAUGCAAACUUCACUAACAAAGUUUACCCUGGUUCUGGUCGUUUGGACAAGCUUGGUCUACCUAAGUAA